CAUACAUAGUCAAGGUCAUAACCAUAAUCUUAAGGUUAAGAAAAUGUCUUGGCUCUUUGGCAAAAAGAAGCAUAAGGAUUCACCUCCUGAAAGGGAUGAGCAGGAGGAACGACAUACCACAGAUCUACGGGAUGACUUCAUAGUAAUUGAAAGAAGGACCUCCUUGCCAUCUAAUAUUGGCGAUCAGAAUACUCCUUAUCCUAAUAGACUGUAUCCACUUCUCGAUGGUACGUCAAUGAACCCUACAGUAUCAGCUGACAAUUUACCAAAACUGACUCAACAACUUGAUGCUUCACAUUAUCUAAGUGAUGUACCAUUUAAGUUAUGUAAACAAUUACAAAGUAACAUGAAUAGUGACUUGGAGAUAGACAGUCUACGGAUUAGCGAAAUAAUGUCAUUUAUUGAAAGAUUAGAGAAUCAGAAUUACAAUUAUGAUUUUUCUCUUGAAACUGGAGUUAUUACAGAAAUGGAUAGCAGAACUACCGACUGAAUUGAAACUCUUUUCAAUCUUUAAAUAUACGUAAUGUAAAUUUUAUGAA